UUUGCCAAAGAAAACAAAAAUGGGAACUGAAGCUUUUGGAUAUUUCAAAAAUUUAUCUCCAGCAUUUCGUCCUUACGUUCAAACAUUAUGUGAAGAAUUAAAACUUGGCCUCUGCAAGACUAAAAUAGAUGUUGAAAGAAUAUCUUGUUUACCUGAUGGAGAGGAAUGCCAAUUCCGUCUGCUAUUACCUUAUUGUUCUAAGAAAUUGAAAUGGGAAAUAUUAUUUGAUGUAUCAAUACCAUGGUUUGCUCCGGACUUUAAGUUUGAUGAUGAAAGUUUUUUGAUAAGUGAGGAUGAAAACUUUCUUGAAGAGAAAGUCCCAAGUCUUGCUAAAUGGAAUGAAAGUGAUCCUAGAGCUUUGAGUAAUGUGAUAUUUGAGUUGGUCAAUCUAUACAAAAGUCAUCAGAUUAGAAAACUGAGUGAGGAUGAUUCUUCAAGGGCUUAUUUUGAAUACAGUGCAUUACUUGGUGAUUCACUCAUCUCUGAAAGUAACAUCGAAGUUUGGGUUGGAACACAUGUCGUUGAAUUUUUGAUAAAACUUAAUGUUGACGUUGGAAGAUUAUCAGAGCUUUAUAGUGAUGGCAUUGAAGAGAAUCCCGGCAUUGACACAGCAUUGUUACUAGUGAGAUAUCCAAACUCGACAAAUGCAGAACUGAUACUAUCACCUCUUCUUAAUAAAGCCCUGGGGAACAUUUCAUUACCGCAAAUGCAUCCAUCUACUGUUCUUAUGGAUUAUGUACCUAUGGUUACCGAACUGCUGAACAGAAAGAUACACGAUGUACUUGUCAAUGAAAAGUUGAAAAGGGAUUUAUUAGCAUUUUUGGUUGUUAAAUAUGAAGGUGCCAUAUUGGAACACGAUAUAAACAGUGCUGCCUUUCUAUUUGAAAUCAAUGACUUCCAUUGGAUUUUAACAGUAGAAUUGGGUCAAUUUCCAGAAAAAUCUCCAAUUUUGACCUUAAGAUCAGUUUACCACAGCAGUAAAGGAAAACCAAAAUACAAAGUUCUCUCUUCUUGUCCAUUAAACAACUUUGAAGAAUAUGUGGAACAACAAGUAGAAUUAUUCAAAAACGAAUGUAAAGGAUCAGUAACUAGUAGUCAACUCGUAAGCUUGGAAAAUUAAAUAAAAAUAAUUUACAUUUUA